UGCUGAGCCCCAGAUGCCGUCCCGGGGGCGGGGUAACGCGCGGUCGGGUCACGUGGGCAGCUUCGUCCCGCCCCGCCCCGCGGAGCUACACGCGGUGGCCGGAGCCCUGGCUGGCUCAGUAUCCUCACGCGGGGGCGCUGCAGCCGAGUCUCGCGGAGGUGGAGCAGGGAACUUGAAGCAGCAUGGAUCCUGAUGGCUCUGAGCAAGAUCCUGAAACGAAGAAAUAUUCUUCUGUCUGUGUUGGCAGAGAAGAAGAUAUUAAAAAAUCUGAAAGAAUGACAGCUGUUGUCCAUGAAAGAGAAGUGGUCAUUUUCUACCACAGAGGAGAAUAUCAUGCUAUGGAUAUUCGCUGUUACCACUCAGGAGGACCUUUACAUUUAGGAGAAAUAGAGGAAUUUGAUGGACGACCAUGUAUAGUUUGCCCCUGGCAUAAAUACAAAAUUACUUUGGCCACAGGAGAAGGACUGUAUCAGUCUAUAAACCCUAAAGAUCCAUCAGCAAAACCCAAGUGGUGCUCCAAAGGAAUAAAGCAAAGGAUUCACACAGUGACAGUGGACAAUGGGAAUAUUUAUGUGACUCUUUCUAAUGAACCUUUUAAGUGUGACUCUGAUUUUUAUGCCACUGGAAUCUUCAAAGUAAUUCAGAGUUCUUCCUGAUAAAAUUUUAUGCCAAUGAAAAAUGUUGUAUAUGUUUUGAAAGUAUUUUUAGAAUAACCUUGCUUCAAUACCAAAGAUGAUUAACGUUUUCCAAAAUAGGCACAUUUAUUAUCUUUAACAAUCAUAUAAAUGAAAGGUUCAAAGCACAUGUACUUAGUGUGACGUAAGGAUCAUCAUCAGGAUCUAUAGAAUACAUUUCAGCCAAUCCUCUGGAUUGAUUGGAACCUGAAGGUUAUAGGUUUAGAAUAUGCAUUUUAAGAAGGAUGAAAAUAAUUUAGAAUAAUCAAAGUGAAGAAAGGUUAAAAAAAUUAGAUCUACUAAGAAAAAUUUAGGGGGAAAAUCCCUACUUGAUAUAGCAGACUUUAUCAUGGAAAAUUUUAAUGUAUACAAAGUAAACAGAAUAAUAAACCUCCACCACCCACCUUAACAAUUAUCAGCAUUCUUCCAUUCUUGUUUCAUUGAUGCAUGUAUUCACCACCUCCCCUACUGAUCCUUAUAAUUUUUUUUAGGUAAAAUUUAAACACACUGAAAUGCUUAAAUUUUAACUGUUCAGUUUUUCCAAAUAUAUAGCAGACCAUUUACACUUUAAAAAUACCUCCCAAAAUGGGAUCAGUUUACAUGCUGAAUUUAAAAACAAGAAACUUAAUUUGCCUGACAUCAAAACCAAGUAAACUUUGGCUCCGUUUCUCUCCAGUCAAGGCAGACAGUUUCAAAGUAAGGAAGAUACAGCUGCUCCCCAGCCAUAAGAGAUGUGAAAGUUUCAGCAAGCUAAAGUACUUUGAAUGUCUAUAUGAAAUUUUCAAAUAAAGUUUUUUUAAAUUUUA